CCAAAUGGAGAGAGAGUCCCUUUUUUCUCAUCUAUUGAAUCUAAGAGAUUGCACAGUCCCGGGGCCCGAUACAGACUCAUGUACUCAGAAUGCUAGCAGCAGCUACAGCAGUACAAGAAAGCGAUCAGACUCGGCGUCUUGCAAAGAGGAAUAUCCACUAUCGCCUCGCCUUUUAACAGAGCGCCUACCGAGCAAACAAGCAAAACCCCCGCUGAUCCACGCGCAACUUUAGAAGGUAGAAAGUACAGUGAAUGCGGGGCAUAGCUUGAAGACCUCCGGAUCGCGAAAUGUUGGGAUGGAAGGCGCAGACUUUGACUCGCCGUCCUUGCCAGGGAUAUGAAGAAGUUUACCAGCCUGCGAGCAGCGGGAGCGAAACGUUGUUGCCCUGGAUUAACAGAGAGCGCCUUCGGAGGAAUUUAGGAGCGUGGAUCUCAAAAACAACAGCCCAAUCGCUACAACAUGGCCUCGGCUGUUAAUGUUUCAGAGCAAGAAAGCAGGGACCCCGAUCGACCGAGGUUAACGAGAAGGCACAGAGAGACCUUUCGCACCCCAGCCGCGGCUCAAGAUUUGGAGUAUCUGCAACGGCCGAGCUACUGUGAUGCCGCGUUCGCCUUGGAACAGAUCACAAAGGGCAAGGCAACUGGACGGAAGGCACCACUGUGGCUGAGAGCGAAGUUUCAGAGACUUUUGUUUAAACUGGGCUGUUACAUACAAAAGAACUGUGGGAAGUUCUUGGUCGUGGGCCUCCUGAUAUUUGGGGCAUUUGCCGUGGGAUUAAGGGCAGCUAAUCUAGAAACCAACGUGGAGAAGUUGUGGGUGGAAGUUGGAGGAAGAGUUAACCAGGAGUUAAAAUAUACACGACAAAAGAUUGGUGAAGAGGCUAUGUUUAAUCCCCAGCUUAUGAUACAGACACCUUUGGAAGAAGGAGCAAAUGUAUUAACAGUUGAAGCACUGAGACAGCACCUAGACUCUGCAAUACAAGCCAGUAGAGUCCAAGUUUACAUGUAUAAUAGGCAGUGGAAAUUGGAACAUCUGUGUUACAAAUCAGGGGAGCUUAUAACAGAAGCAGUUUUCAUGGAUCAGAUUAUUGAGAACUUGUAUCCUUGUUUAAUAAUCACAUCAUUGGAUUGCUUUUGGGAAGGUGCAAAGUUACAGUCAGGAACUGCGUAUUUGCCAGGUAAACCACCAAUGCAGUGGACAAAUUUUGACCCUCUGGAGUUUUUGGAAGAGUUGAAGAUCUUGAAGUAUGAAGUAGACAGCUGGGAGAAAAUGCUGAAAAAGGCAGAGGUUGGACAUGGAUACAUGGACCGUCCCUGCUUAAAUCCUCGAGACCCUGACUGCCCAAUGACAGCCCCCAACAAGAAUUCAACUCGACCACUUGACAUUGCACGAAUUCUAAAUGGAGGCUGUCAUGGUCUAUCCAAAAAAUAUAUGCAUUGGCAGGAGGAACUUAUAGUUGGAGGUACAACCAAAAAUGGCAGUGGAAGACUUUUGAGUGCCCAGGCUUUACAGACCAUGUUUCAGCUGAUGACUCCCAAGCAUAUGUAUGAGCACUUCAAGGGUUACGAGCAUGUUUCACAUAUCAACUGGAAUGAGGAGAAGGCUGCAGCCAUCCUUGAGGCCUGGCAGAGACGAUAUGUUGAGGCUGUUCAACAUAGUGCUGCACUCAACUCUACCCAGAAGGUGCUUUCAUUCACGACUACUACCUUAGAUGAUAUCCUCAAGUCUUUUUCCGACGUCAGUGUUAUUCGAGUUGCUAGUGGCUACCUUUUAAUGCUUGCCUAUGCCUGUUUAACCAUGCUGAGGUGGGACUGUGCCAAGUCUCAGGGUGCUGUGGGACUGGCAGGAGUCUUGCUGGUUGCACUGUCCGUGGCUGCAGGAUUAGGCCUUUGCUCUUUGAUUGGGAUUUCGUUUAAUGCUGCAACUACUCAGGUGUUGCCCUUUCUUGCCUUGGGAGUUGGGGUGGAUGAUGUCUUCCUAUUGGCCCAUGCAUUUAGUGAAACAGGACAAAAUAAAAGAAUUCCAUUUGAGGACAGAACAGGGGAAUGUCUGAAGAGGACGGGAGCAAGUGUGGCACUUACCUCUAUCAGCAAUGUGACUGCUUUCUUCAUGGCUGCCCUAAUUCCUAUACCUGCACUUCGAGCAUUUUCACUUCAGGCUGCUGUUGUGGUUGUUUUCAACUUUGCAAUGGUCCUUCUCAUCUUUCCUGCCAUCCUUAGCAUGGACCUUUACCGCAGAGAAGACAGGAGGCUGGAUAUUUUUUGUUGUUUUGCAAGUCCUUGUGUAAACCGAGUAAUUCAAGUGGAGCCCCAAGUGUACACGGAUACCACUGAGAGGAAUCAUUACAGCCCCCCUCCACCUUACAGCAGUCACAGUUUUGCUCAUGAAACUCAAAUAACCAUGCAGUCAACUGUGCAACUUCGCACCGAAUACGAUCCGCGGACCCAGGCCUACUACACCACUGCAGAGCCACGCUCAGAAAUUUCAGUGCAGCCUGUUACUACCAACAGCCCAAGCAACAACAACAUUAGCACAAAUCAUACUAGUGCUAGCACUUCACCAGAAAUCCCAGAGAGCACAAGUUCAACACGGGACCUUCUCUCUCACUUUUCUGACUCUUCUAUGAAUUGUAUUGAGCCAUCAUGCACUAAGUGGACACUUGCCUCAUUUGCAGAGAAGCAUUAUGCUCCUUUCCUGUUAAAGCCAAACACAAAGGUUGUGGUUAUUUUCCUAUUCCUGAUUUUACUUGGAGUUAGCCUUUAUGGGACAACAAGUGUCAGAGAUGGGCUAGAACUCACAGACAUUGUUCCCCGGGAAACAAGAGAGUAUGACUUCAUUGCUGCCCAAUUUAAGUACUUUUCUUUCUACAACAUGUAUAUUGUAACACAAAAGGCAGACUAUGCCAAUUCCCAGGCCUUGCUGUAUGAAUUGCACCAACGUUUUGACAGUGUCAAAUAUAUUCUACGAGAGGACAAUGGUCAGCUUCCCAGAAUGUGGUUGCACUACUUUCGAGACUGGCUACAAGGUUUGCAAGAUGCAUUUGACAGGGAUUGGGAAGAUGGCAAAAUUACCAGCAACAACUACAAAAAUGGAUCAGAUGAUGGUGUUUUGGCUUAUAAACUGUUGGUACAAACGGGUAAUCGGGACAAACCAAUCAAUUUCAAUCAGGUUACUAGACAUCGAUUAAUUGAUGCUGAUGGAAUUAUCAAUCCUAGUGCUUUUUACAUUUACCUAACAGCCUGGGUCAGUAAUGAUCCUGUGGCAUAUGCUGCCUCCCAGGCCAAUAUCUCUCCACAUCCUCCUGAAUGGGUCCAUGACAAGGCUGACUACAUGCCAGAGACCAGACUUAACAUUCCAGCUGCAGAGCCUAUUGAAUAUGCUCAGUUUCCUUUCUACCUCAACGGGCUGCAGGAGACAUCCCAGUUUGUGGAAGCUAUUGAAAGUGUCAGGGCUGUCUGCAACAAUUACAGCAAACAAGGUGUAUCCAGUUACCCAAAUGGUUAUCCAUUCCUGUUUUGGGAACAGUACAUUGGUCUACGUCAUUGGCUUCUGUUGUCCAUCAGCGUGGUGUUGGCAUGCACUUUUCUGGUGUGUGCCCUCUUCCUGCUCAACCCAUGGACAGCUGGCAUUAUUGUGCUUGUCCUGUCCUUGAUGACAGUGGAGCUGUUUGGCAUGAUGGGUCUUAUAGGUAUCAAGUUGAGUGCUGUACCUGUGGUCAUCCUUAUAGCUUCUGUUGGUAUUGGAGUUGAGUUCACUGUUCAUGUUGCACUGGCAUUUCUUACAGCCAUUGGUGAUAGACACCGCAGGGCAGUUCUGGCCCUAGAGCAGAUGUUUGCUCCAGUUCUUGAUGGUGCUGUAUCCACACUGCUGGGGGUGCUAAUGCUUGCUGGAUCUGAAUUUGACUUCAUUGUCAGGUACUUUUUUGCAGUACUGGCUAUAUUGACAAUUUUGGGCAUUCUUAAUGGACUAGUUUUGCUUCCUGUUCUGUUGUCAUACUUUGGACCAUAUCCUGAAGUAUCUCCAGUUGAUGGUAGAGGCAGGCUACCAACACCAUCUCCACAGCUGCCAGCUAGAACUGUGAGAUUUUCUGUCCAUCCAAGUAAUGUGACCAGUGGCUCUGAUUCAUCAGAUUCAGAAUACAGUUCUCAAACUACAGUAUCAGGAAUUAGUGAGGAGCUUCGCCAGUAUGAUUCCAACCCCGGUUCCUCCCAUUCAACUCGCCAGAUAAUUGUUGAAGCCACAGAAAAUCCUGUGUUUCCCAGGUCUACAGUUAUUUUACCAGAGUCCAGGUAUCACCAGUCUAGACCAAGACAUCAAGCUCAUUCUCAGGAUACUCGAUCGCAGCAAUGUUGGAGAAAUAACAGAGAUACAAGAAGAGAGUCAUCAAGGAACAAUGAGCAGCAUCAGCCACCACCUCCAUAUCGGCCACGUAUGAAUGCUUUUGAAGCUGCUAAUGAACAGCAUUCUGGCCCUAGUCAUAGGGAACGCUUUGGACAUCGCUCUCGUAAUCAUAAUAGAAAUGCAGCCUUUGCUUCAACAACUCCUUCUGCACCAACAUACGGCCAACCUUUUACUACUGUGACUGCUUCAGCUUCCGUCACGGUGGCUGUUCACUCUACUCUGCCAAGUCAGGGUACCUCGUAUAGGGCGUAUCCAUCUCAUGAAGAGUAUGAAACUGAUCAGGAACCAUUUGAGGAUCCCCAUGUGCCUUUUAAUGUUCACAGUGUGAGAAGGGACUCAAAAGUAGACGUUACAGAGCUGCAGGACAUGGAAUGUGAAUCAAGAAGUCAUCCUAAUGCCAGCUCUACUAGCUAAGAUGCAUUUGAAGCACAAAAGGCCAAAGAUGGGACAUCCUUCUGCUCUUACAUUUAAAGAAAACUGCUUGAAGUUAUGGAAAUAAAAGGGCAUGCAGCAUCAGGAAAACAGUUUACUGUUACUGUAAAUUAGUGUAUCUUUCUAAAUAUUUUUUUAUUUAAAAAAGUGUACACAUGUAUAGUAAAAAAAAAUAAACUAUGGGUAGUUUCAUUAGGAACUGUACAAUAGUUAAAUUGAGGACAAAAUUUUGUCUGAUCUGUACUUACUGUACAUUACGUUUAAUUAUGGCACGGAGAUCAAUCAUGUCAUACAUUUCAGCAUACAUUGUUGCUGCUUCCACAUUGUAUAAUUUUCCUGUAUAAUUCUAUGCAAAUAAUACUUUUAUGCUAUUUUUUUUUUGUUUGUUUAUAGGUUUAUGUGUGUGUGUUCGUGCCUUUCUCAGUGUGCACGUGUAUGUGCAUAUGGUAUAUAUGUGUGUGUACAUAUAAAGGUUCAUAUUUUUAUUUUAAUUUGUAUAUCACAAAUUUUGUGGUAUUAUAAAAUUGUACUUUUAACUUUCAUACACGCUAUGCGUGAUAUUUAAAAGGAGCAGAUAUGAAGAAAGAAAAAGCACGUUAGUCUUUGUAUUCUGUAACUGUACCCUUUGCUUUUAUUUUUCUUUUCAUUUCAUUUUGUUCUGAUGCUGUAAUUUUCCUGCCAGUGUGUGCUUGCCCUACAACUCAGAUCUGUUGCUUAAAUUGUCAUAAUUAGCAGACUUAGUUUCCUAAAAUUGCAGGUUCCAACACUUCUUUUUCAUUUAGAGACUUUCUUGUACAUUAAGCACCGGCACUUGCUAAAUAAUGUCCUUUUCGGCACUGUAUGGAAUCUUUAGUUAUUUUUGUAUUGGUUAUACGCUUUUUAAAUAGUUUUUCCAUGUAUUCUAUAUAAGCUAUUCAGAUGAGCUCACUAAAGAAAACAAAAAGCAAAUGCCUCCCCAACUCAGCACAUUGUGUUGUAUGAUAACAAGGACAAUAUGCCACAAUUUAGCACUAGCGGUGGACUGACCUAAGAGCAUAAAAAUCUUCCACAAAACUGUAUGACACUAAUUGGAAGCUAACCUCAAUUCCCAAGUGUACAUAUGAUUGUGUCAGAGGUUGGAAUGGCUUCCUGCUGCUAACGCUAGGUUCUUUCUGUCACUGAAAUACGUUCGAUUUCCUCCUCUCGUGUCUGAAAUCAGCUUCUAUCAAACACAGCUGUGUUUCUCUUUUGUGUAUUGCUUUUCAUGAUGUCGCCCCCUCUCUCUCUCUCUCUCUCUCUCUCUCUCUCUCUCUCUCUCUCCUCUGCUGUAUUUUCUUCUGCAAAGUUUAGCUGUUUUCUCCUCAGGUCACAUUGGCUAAAGGAGUUCUUAGUAGCUGGAAAUUUCUUUUAUGGUUUAGGGUUUUUUAUUGUUGUUAAUUUGUCUGUUUUUAACUAUAUUUUGAUGAUAUUUAUAUUUUUGUAUUAUAAAAAUAUUUUUUUUUCUUUUUCUCCUUACAGUAUUGCUCAUAUGCCAGUUUAUAACAAAAAUGCAGGGAUUUUUACUUAUUUUGUAAAACACUAUUACAAGUAUAAUUUUACAUUGUAAUUGAAUUUUAUCUGUAUAAAGUGCUUACUAAUGUUAAAUAGAUAAAAAAGAUUAUAUAACAUUUACAUUACGACUCAAUGUAGCUAUUAGAGUAAGGAUGUAAAAAGGAAAAGUACUCAAACUGGGUUCCUCCAACUGCCUUUUUUGGCAGAGGUGGGUUGUGUCAUUUCAGUUACAAAGAUAAAUGUAUGCCAUAUAAUUUAUUUAUAUGAAAAUUUAUUUUUGUAGUGUACAUAGUAGUUGUCUGUCUUUUGACAGAAGUAUAUUUUUAAAGAGUUUAUAUGUAAUGAUACCAUUGUGUGGGAGCAUACCAGAGAAGUGGCUAUGGUGUGCACUGCCACCUCUGACCAAUUCUCAAAUGGAAUGUUCUUGCAGUGCUAAAUGAGAGUGAUUAUUCAUAUGGCUGUAAAAUCUUUUUUUAGGUUUGUCAAAGUCUAGCCAUGAAAAUGGAAAUUGUACAACUCUCUAAAUAACAAUUUUCAAACACUGAUAGAUUUCUAACAAAUAAAAAUAUUAUAACUUAUUUGUGUGUUUAUAACUCAAAUAAAAUGAAAUUUAAAAGAAA